UUUCGGAAGAUAUGUUUCUUCCGCAUAACAUUACAAGAAGGAUUGAGUACCUGGAAAAUAAUUUUCAAAGAGGAAAAAUUGUCCUGUACAUGUAGAGUGGAUAUGUGCCUUUUAUCAGCCAUAAUCAACAAUGGCAUCGUCCAAUCCUCGGCGACGGCGCAAUAGCUUGAAUAUACCUCCCAAUAUAUCUGAUAGUGUUCGUCUCUUCAAUGAACUCUACGACAGACAUUACCCUGAACUCCAGGAGAUCAUACUGGCAUUGCAUAGUUUUGUUAAAAUAUUUGAAGAAUAUUUCAAAAGGUCUACCGAAGUCUCUAGAAGAGGAGGAAUUUUGGCAAUAGCCGGGGGGACCAUCGUCAUCGCAGGAUUAGUUUUAGCUCCACUUACUAUGGUGGCUUCUGCUGCCGCAGCGGUAGGAGCAGGCAUGGCCUUAGGUGGUGGAAUUGGCAGUGGUCUCGUAAACUUAUUCAAAAUGUACCAGCAAGAUAAACUAUUAAAAAACAUUGCAAAUGGACUUAAAGGAUUUCAGAACAAAAUCGACCCUAUGGCUGACAUUCUUAAUGUCAUCUCAAAAAAACCUGAAAUACUGAAAGACCUUAAUACGCCAGAUGGUGAUAUCUGUUAUAUUAUGAAAUGUGGUGAAAUAUUACGCAUCAUUCGGAUAGGUGACAUCGGUGAAGUGGCUGGACAGAUGUCUAAAACAGUGCGUUUGACUGCAGCCCUUACGGGAGUUUUUGCUGCGAUUGGCCUCGUGCUUGACAUUCUCUCGGUUCUUGAAGACACCAAGGCACUCGAUGACAUGGACAAACUAGCAAGAAAUCACCAAAUAAGUGAAAGGGAGAUGAAGUCGAAAGCUGGGACAUUCAUCGUCAAAAUGAGAAAAGUAAUUAAUCAGUUACAGAACAUCAUGGAUGAACUUAAGAAAACAAAAGACAGCAUCGCAAGAGGACUGGAUCUAAUGUGACGAAAUGAAACAAUGAGAACCCGAAGCGUUGGCCAAUUACAAAUCAUUUGUCACAGAACCACAGAUUAUUUGCGGUGCUUGUAAACAUGCUAUUGCUUUUGGGUCAUUCCAUGAAAAUGGUGACUGAGACAUAAUCAUAGAUUUACUAUAACAAUGAAUAUUUUUUCAUUGCUACUACUUCGAGAACAUUAAUGAAAGAUUUUAAACAUUUAUGCUGAUAAUGGUAUG